UUAAGUUUGUGAAGGACACUCGAUAAUUUACUUGUUGAGCUCGUCUCUACACAUUAGUGCGGUGUAACUAUCUAACCGAUCAUGUUUACUAUACGGAAUGCCGGGAUUGCUUUAUGACACUUUAAAGUGUUUUUUUCCAACAUAACACUGUAAACAUUUCACACCUCCGUUCCGCUUAACAUGAUGUCCGGCGCCACUAACGGGCCGGGCUCGAGCGGUGACUCGGUAACACCGGAUGUUCUAAACGACAUAAUCACGGAGCCCUGCGGUGGUAUGACGAUGCUUCCGUCCCGACCAUUCGACGAGGUGUACAAAAACAUUUUCAUUGGGGAGGAGUCGAUUGCGCGCUCUCCAGCCGGACUCAAGCGUCUGGGCGUCACACAUCUGAUCAACAUGGCGGAGGGCGUCCACGAUGGCUACCACGUCCACUUGGAUACGGAACUAUACCGGCCCGCCAACAUACAGUAUUUAGGGAUUGAAGCUACCGACGACCCGACCUUUGACCUCUCCAAGUCCUUUCAGAAAUGCGCGGAUUAUAUUGCCUCGGCCAUUGCUGAUGGGGGCAAAGUCCUCGUCAGCUGCAAAGUGGGGACCAGCCGUUCAGCCACUAUUGUACUCGCUUAUUUGAUUAUCAAAUGCCGGAUACCAGCACCAGAAGCAGUGAAAAUAGUCCGGAAACGGCGGGAAAUUUGUCCAAACGAUGGGUUUCUAAAACAGUUGUGUGAAUUGAACAGUGAAUUAUUAAACAGCGGCCAUUUUGAGACUAAAGAGGACAAUGUGAACCUUUGAUGUGACAAACAGAAGUGUGUAGCUCGGACAUCAGGUAGCCUGAGGUAGAGGUUUUUGGAGAGGCCAAAUUUGUUGUGCAUGUGUAACGAGUCAAUGCGUCAAUAAGAUAAUGGGCAAACUUUUUUAAUUGACAAAUAUAUGGUCGUUCGUCAAGACUAACAAUAACGAUUUUUUAUAUAAUCCAAAACAUAAAACGAAUUCAUUUUUAUAAUGCAAUGAUUCGAUAAGUCAUAGGAGUACAAUGGCGUAGGAAAUGGGCGGCAAUAUCUACAAGUAAUCUUCAUGUAGUAAAUCCUCUGCUCUAAAUCGGAGAUUGAUAUAUUAUUAUCGAGCCUCAGUUGUUGUUUGAAGAAGGUAUCUGUGACGCAUGGUCAGCUGAAUGAUCGUCCACAUCGCAGGUCCAUAAUUUGCGACAGACAACGCUCUAUGGGUCAUUUAUCAAGUAUAUGAGAAUAAUUAUCGAUGUUGAUUAGCAAUUGAGUUUUUGUAUAUAGAUUUAAAUAAUAAAAGAAAACGAUUUUUAAUGAAA